GCUUACUAUUUUUCUAAGGGCAAAAAUCGUCCUCUACACGAUGGUAAAAAUCGUAGAUCGCUAGGACUUUUCCAUAAAAAGUUAUUCGAAAAACGCCACUCUGCACUGUAUUUAUGGAUCGAUAGUAGGUACUUUUGCUUGAUUACUUCUAUGAUAUUUCGGGCUUCUCAGGCUGAAACAAAUAGAUUCAGAUAGGGAAAUUCUUAGUAUAAUAACCUUGAUUUUUUGGGUGAGAAAAGUUGUAUGAGUAAUUGUGUUUGUUAGAGAAAAGUAAAAAAAUGGCGAAUAUGCUAUUUGCAUGUAAAAAUUUGAGUACAUCGCUGUUUUUACUUGAGUCGAACUUUGAGGCGUUCGUAUGUAAGAAACUAAAUUUAGAUAAAUUUUUCUAUGUCUGUUCUUCGAUGUGCAAGUGUAUUGCUUACACAAAAGAGAAAAACAAGACAAAAUGUGCGUAUGGAAAGGAGCAAAGGAAAAAGAAGAAAAGUAACAGAACAGAAAAAUAUCUAAAUUUACUAUAAGAAAUCGCAAAAGCUGCGGGAACUCGAUCAGAAACUUAGAAUAAAAUUAAAAAAAGUCCGCUAUCGGAUCUGCCUUGAAAUUCGGCCUAUAUCACUGGUGCAGCGCGGCAAAAGCACUUCAUUCUCUAAUGUUAUAGCUCAAAGCUUUUUUAGUUUGGACUUCCAGGAUACGGACAACAUACCAUUGUAUCCGGGCGAUACCUUAGCAUUAGUGCAGGCACUGCCCUUUUCCAUUACCGAGGCAACCACCAUUUUAAGAACGAAGAUGAAGGAUUCUAGAUAUAUCAGUCCCAUUUGCUGAUUUCUUAGCUGCUAAUGUAUAAAUGUUCAUCAUUGAGUAAAAAAUUGAAUUUCACAUGAGAAAAAAAAUUCAUUAGUCUCUUUAGAUCUUUUUCUUUAGACACAAUCUUAAUUGGACGCAUUGAUAAUGAUGACAAUGUAGACGAGAAUACAGAAAAGCUGAAAUGGUUUGUCGAAUCAAAAUGGGUUUACGAUCAACAAAAUGAAACACUUUUGUCAAUUGUUUCAAGUGUUAAAACCGGUUAUGAACAACAAAUAUGGACGAAAAAAAUAUGUUUUUCCUUGAAUGAACAACAAAUGAAAAUUAUGAAGGGUGAAACCGUGCAUUUAUCGGGUCAGGAAGAAAAUGACGAUAAUAUUCAAGCACGCUUAGAGGAACUGAAAUCAAAAAUUACCGUGCCAAAACGCGAAGGACCUGAAAUUAUUAUUAAUAAUUCAGAAUUAAAAUUAAGAAAGUACGAAUGCGAAGGCGAUUCAUUGGUUCGUAUGACAGGAAAUAAUAUUACAGUAACAGCCAAUCAAGAUUCGUACGCCCGGGAUGGCAAAUUUAAGAAUUAUUUUUUCAUUAAACAAAUUAUAUUUUCGAAAAAACCGUUAGCAGUAGACAAACCCAUAUCUGUAGCACAAGUUUCUGUUCAAUACCAAGAUCAUCAAACAUGGAAAGAGUGCCAAGAUGUAGCGAUUGCGCCAACAACAAAUACGCACGAAGAUUACUCAUUUUAUUCGGAUACUAUUUUAAAUUUGAAACCGGAUACGCUAAUGUCACUUACUGUACGUGCCUCAAUUGUAGUAAACGGUAAUCCGGGUAGAGAUCGAUCUGCUCGCCAACGAGCUCACAAGAGUUUACCUCAACCAUUAAAAUUAAAAAUAAACGUAGUCGAUAAUUUAGGCGAAACCUGUAGUCUGAUUGUGGAGCAGUGCAAUAGCCCGUUGAAUAUUGAAACAAAAGAAUCGUAUUUAAAGAAACUGGAUAUACCUGAUUUAAUUGCAUUUGUUUAUGCUGAUGACUGUGAUAGAGAUGAACGAAUUUUCACUGUUAUAUACUUGGAGAAAGAUGUGCAACAUCUAAUUAUUCGCUUCAGCUACGGAACAUACUUUACUUGGGAAAAAAAAUACAUGAAAACGUUAGAAUUCAAUGCCAAGCAAAAUAGUACAACCGAAUUGGAACUUGAUUCAAUGAACAAAACAUCGGAGAGUGACGAAUGGAAAACUACAGCUUUAUUUGAUUCAGAAACAUCGCUCUUAUAUGGAUUGAGAAUACAGUUAAAGACAAAAACUUCCAAAACAGAGGAAACCAUUUUGUUACCAGUAGACAAAAUAAAAUAA